AUGCCAGUGAUGGAGUUGAUCUUGCCCAGCAGCUUGCAGACUUUGAACUUCGGCCAGGACUUUAACAAGAAUUUGGACGGUGUCACUUUGCCAAGCAGCCUGCAGACUUUGACAUUCGGCGGCUCUUUCAACCAGAGCUUGGCAGGUGUCAGCUUGCCCAGCAGCCUGCAGACUUUGAUCUUUGGCUACGAGUUUAACGAUAGCCUCCAAGGUGUAAAUUUGCCAAGCGGCCUACAAACUUUGACCUUCGGCAGGAAGUUCAACCAGAGCCUGGAAGGUGUCACCUUGCCCAUUAGCCUGCUGGCUUUGACCUUCGGCGUGGACUUCAACCAGAGCUUGUCAGGUGCGAGCUUGCCAAGCAGCCUGCAGAUUUUGACCUUCGGCAUGAAGCUGGAAGGUGUCACCUUUCCAAGAAGGCUGCAGACUAUGAUAUUCGGCUACUCUUUUAACCAGAGCUUGGAAGGUGUCACUUUGCCAAGCAGCAGCUUGCAGAAUUUGACCUUUUGUCCUGGCUUUGACCCUAGCUGUCUGGACUGUAUCACUUUGCCAAGUGGCUUACGGAAGCUUUGCUUUCGGGAGUUCAAUGUUCGAGUUUUUGAAUAA